AUGGCCAUGGCAGCGACAACAGAUAAACAAAAUACGGCCGCAUCUAAUCAGGUGGAGAACAUGGAUGAGAUGAAGAUCGAAGCCGAAGAGAACUAUGCCGCGGAGCACAGGCAGCAAAUGCAAUUAUUGAAUGCCCAGAUUGUCCGCAAGUAUGAUAUAUGGGUACUGCCUCUUGUGUGGGUCUUGUAUGUCAUUUCGUAUCUUGACCGUGGAAACAUCGGCAAUGCAAAGACUGCGGGGGCGCAGGAGGACCUUGGUCUCAGCAGCUACCAGUGGUCAUGGGUACUCAACUCCUUUUACAUUACAUACACCUGUCUAGAGUGGCUAGUUCUUUGCUGGAAGAUUUUCCCAGCCCACAUCUACGUGACAGUAUUAUGUGUUCUCAUCCAGCUGACAACCGAAGGUGGGGUGUUUGCGCAAUGUGUUCAGGGCUUGUCCAUAACAUGGCAGGGUUGGUCGCCUGCCGAGUCGGUCUGGGUAUUCUGGAGGCAGGAUUCGGUGCUGGCGUACCGUAUUACCUAUCAUUAUGCUACAAGCGCCACGAACUGGGUACUCGCGUGUCUAUCCUUCUUGGAUCCAGCCCGAUUGCCAACUGCAUUGCAGGUGCAAUUGCAGGGGUCGCCGUCGAUUCUUAUGGCUCCCUUGGUCUGGUUUCUACUUAUGGAUUCUCCCUCGACGGCAAAAUUCUUCACCAACGAAGAACGUACGUUCGCAGUAGAACGCAUGGAAACCCGCGACACAACGCGCAAGAGCUCACUCUCCAAGGCUCAGUUAUUCGCCGGAUUGACAGAUUACAAAAAUUACUGCCACGCAUGUCUCCAUUUCUGUUGCAACUAUUCCUUCGCCGGGCUAUCCAACUUCCUUCCCACCAUCGUCCAUGAGAUGGGUUAUGACUCCGUGCAGGCACAAGGCCUCACUGCACCGCCUUAUUUCGGGGCGUUCCUAUCCAGCAUACUUGUUGCCUGGCUCUCGGACCGCUAUGGCUCGCGCGGCUGGAUGUUGGCCAUAUGCGCUAGCGUCGCGACCGUCGGCUACGCCCUGUUAGCAACGCAGACAGGAACGGCCGUGCGGUACGUAGCCAUCUGGCUGACAAGCUGUGGUAUUUUCCCUGCAUUGGCGAUCAACAUGACCUGGAUGCUCAAUAAUAAUGCUGGGGAUACCAAGAAGGGAAUUGGAAUGUCAUUGCUCGCUAUUAUCGGUCAAUGCUCUUCCUUUCUCGCCUCCUUUAUGUAUCCCAAUAGCGCUGCACCAUACUUUGUCAAGGGAACAGCCAUUGGCUCCGGUCUCACGGGCAUUAUUGUACCGGUUGGAUUGGUCCUUCAUUUCUCCUAUGCUGCUGAGAACAGGCGUAGAGAUCGGGAGUUCGGACCUGUGCCACAGGGUGAUGGCCCCAUUGACGUUAGUGCUGUUGGCGACAAGCAUAAUCACUUUCGCCUGUUGACCUAA